AUGAGGAUGGCCUUAAAGUGGCUUUUCAGCUCCUUUAAGACUUUCCUCACUCUAGUUGCCUUGACCAUAGGCUGGAACAUAGGGGUUAUGCUGUCAAAUGGAAGCUUCUGGGAUAGCUACCGUGAUUUGGCAGGGCAGACCACAAACCUUCAGGAGGAAUCUGGAGGUGACAGAUGCAGCAGGAGCCCUAUUGCUGCACUCCAGGGGGUAAUACCAAUUGGCCUGUUGCAGUGGUCCAGGCAGCAGUGGCCAGAGAGGUGGAGGCUUCAAACAAGGGAGCAGAAGAGCAAUUUUUCAAAAAGAAAAGAAGCUGAGCUGAUCCCCACCAACCUGCGGCUUAACCAUCACUGUGGCUCCAUCUUCUGCCUUGAACCAGGAAAAGGAUUCUGCUCAGACUCUCCCCCUUGUCACGGAAGAGCCUCCAUCCUGGAUUGUCUUGCAUCACCCUGGUGGAGCAGACAAAAGCAGUGGCAGCCUGGAACUACCUCCACAAAACUUCGGAAAGACUGUGGCGGCUACCACUGUAGUAUUCAUUGUGACAGUGGUUGUGACUGUGGACCCGGAGCUAUGGACCUCAAGGAUGUCCAGCUCAGAACAGCCACACAUGGAGCAGAGUGCUGGACAGACCAUCAUCUAAUACAAUUCAACUCAGACUGUGCAACCAUUGUACACUAAACCACUAAGACAGCUAAUGGGUCAUCGAGGAAGCUGUGAAAUGAACACGAGAAGGGGAAAGGAAAUGAACUCAGAAUGUAAUCCAGUAGAGAACUCCAUCCUUUAAGUCCUCUAAAACAACUUCUGGAACAGAGCCCCUCACUGGUAGAAACUGGAAAACAACUGCUCCAGGUAGAU